UUAGACCCUUUUGUAGCCAUCAAAAAGGUUGUUCAAUCACCACCGGCCAAAAUCUUGACAACUGAAAAGGCUGAUAGAUUUGCUAAUUGAAGUGUCUAUUUUCUUAUGCCUAUUUUGACUUGUAACUAAGUUUUUUUGAUUUUCUUGGGAUGGGAGUCUCUGCGCUCUCUUCCUGAUCAGUCCCUUUUUUGAUCUUGCCAUGUCAAAGCAAAGCAAAGCAAAAAAUCCCCACUGCCUCUAGCUCUUUUUCUUUGACUCACCUCCUGCAGAAUUUUCAAUCUCCCCCAAAAUUUCUUCUAGUCUAGUCUCUUUCUCUCCCUCAAAUGAUGCAAUUCAAUGAAAACCCACCACAAUCCUUACACCAAAUCACUCCAUUUAUUCCAAACCCUACCACCACCACCACCACCACCACGAACAAGAACCAUAACAACAAUAACCACAUGAGGACUAUGCGUCCGUGGCCUGGAUUCCCCACAUCAAAGGCUGCUUUAGGCAACUUUGGCGACGCGAAUUGCAUGGAACAACUUCUUGUCCACUGCGCCAACGCCAUCGAAAGCAACGACGCAACUCUUGCUCAACAAAUCCUAUGGGUGCUCAACAACACAGCGCAACCGGAUGGCGACUCCAAUCAACGUCUCACCUGCGCCUUCCUUAGAGCCCUAAUCGCCCGCGCCACUAAGAUUGGUACCUGCAAAGUCUUAAUGGCAAAUGUUCACUCCAACAACCUCACUGUUGAAACACACAAGUUUUCACUCGUUGAGCUUGCGAGUUUCAUUGAUUUGACCCCGUGGCAUCGGUUCGGGUUCACUGCAGCAAAUGCAGCGAUACUAGAUGCUGUUGAAGGUUAUUCAGUUAUACAUAUUGUUGAUUUAAGCUCAGCACAUUGUAUGCAAAUCCCUACUCUCAUUGAUGCAAUCGCUAAUCGCUUAGAAGGUCGUCCACUCAUCCUCAAGCUCACAGUAGUCGGUCCAAUUGAAGGUGUACCGCCCAUGCUUGAUUAUUCUUACGAGGAAAUUAAGUUUAAGUUGGUCACAUUCGCUCGCUCACGCAAUAUAACAAUGGAUUUCAGAGUGAUUUCUGCGAAUUUCGCAGACGGGUUUUGUUCCUUAAUCGAACAGUUACGAAUGCAGAGUAGUACUAGUGAGGCACUAGUGAUAAAUUGUCACAUGAUGCUUCAUUACAUACAAGAAGAAACCAUACCAGUUGCUGCAAUUUCUAGCACGUUGUCGCUACGAUCAAUGUUCCUGAAAGCAAUUCGUAGUUUAGACCCAACAAUAGUUGUAAUUGUAGAUGAAGAUGCAGAUUUUACGUCGAGUAAUUUGGUGUGUAGAUUGAGGUCUGCGUUCAAUUAUCUAUGGAUACCGUAUGAUACCGUGGACACAUUUCUUCCAAAAGGAAGCAAGCAAAGGCAGUGGUACGAGGAAGAGAUUUGUUGGAAGAUUGAGAAUGUGAUAGCAUAUGAAGGGGUUCAAAGGGUGGAGAGGCUUGAACAGAAGAGUCAGUGGGUGCAAAGGAUGAGAAAUGCGAGCUUUCGGGGGAUUGGAUUCGGGGAAGAUGCGGUUUCAGAAGUGAAAACAAUGUUAGAUGAACAUGCAGCUGGGUGGGGAUUGAAGAAGGAAGAAGAUGAUGUUGUACUUACAUGGAAGGGUCACAAUGUUGUGUUUGCUACUGCUUGGGUGCCUAUUUGAGACUUCUUUCUUGUUUCCUUUUGUUAACAUUCAUCUAACAUUUCUUUUCUUUCCUUUUCUUUAUUUGCAUGCUUCAUUUACUAUUCUUCAAUUCUAGUUAGCAGAGCAGUAUUUUUACGCAUGCAUGGUGAUAUAUUCAUGUACCGGUUGCUUAGAUGUAAUUUCUAUGAUCAUCACACUGAUCAUAGUUGCUAGAUAUAACAGUA